CUUGAUCUCCAGGUGCUGAGCCAGAGGGUUGUCGGGAGGCCCCUGGACAAAGACACCUACCCUGCCAUGCUGCGCCAUCUGCCCUCCAGGCUGCCAGUCAAGAUGUGGGGCAGGAUUUUGGAGAAACAGAGACAAGCAGAGGGCAGCAGAGGCCCAUGGAAAGGCCCGGCUCUAAGCCACGGAGGGCCCUGUGCUCAGUCGUGGAGGGACAGCAGUCAGACCCCUCCCCCAUGUCUUAUCCGUAGACUUGACCACAUCGUGAUGACGGUGAAGAGCAUCGAAGACACCACCAAGUUUUAUUCCAAGAUCCUGGGCAUGGAGGUUGUGACUUUUAAGGAAGACCGGAAAGCACUGUGUUUUGGAGACCAGAAAUUUAACCUCCACGAGGUGGGAAAGGAAUUUGAACCCAAAGCCGCUCACCCGGUUCCUGGCUCCCUGGACAUAUGUCUGAUAACAGAGGUGCCUUUGGAGGAAAUGAUCCAGCACCUCAAGGCUUGUGAUGUCCCUAUUGAGGAGGGGCCAGUCCCCAGAACAGGGGCAAAAGGGCCUAUUAUGUCCAUCUACUUCCGAGACCCCGACAGAAAUCUGAUUGAGGUGUCAAACUACAUCUCCUCGUGAUGGAGGCACAUUCUGUCCUCCUCCUCCAUUCUGUCCCCCUCGAUGUUGCCCUCUCCUUUCCUUCCUGCAAACCCCCACCCAGGCCCAGAGACCUCUGAGGACUGAGGACUUAGGCACUUCACACAUCCUGCUCAGGGGGGACCCAAGACAGGUUUGGGACCAAACCUACAUGUCUGUAUGUCAUCUAAGCUGGCCUAAUAAAUGCAUAACCUCUCUACGAA